UCUCGUUAUACCCAGUGACGGACCUUGGCAGCUAGGCAACAGUUGGCUAAAGUAUCUAUACAUGUAGCUAUCGGACUGGUCAGGAAAAGCAGGUUUGUUAGAAAAUGGCUGCCAGCCCGAGGCCAGGACCCUCGGGUUGUCAACAAUCUAAUGAGAUAGCUAUCCAUAACAACUUAAAGAAUCACCUUCAUGAGUGGCUGAACGAUGAUCAGCUCAAACAGUUGAAAGAACAAUUCAGAAAAGACCCGUUGACUGAGAGAGACAUUAAACAUCGCAUUGCUGAUGUAUUUGACCUCUUUGACCGUCUUAUGGAAUAUGGGACAAUAGCUGUGGGGGAUUAUAAAGCUUUGGUUAAAAAAUUGAAGCGCACUCACCGUCAGCUAGCUACACAUGUGGAGAAUGAAGAAAAGAAAAUCAGGGAUAUCCAGAAUGGAGGUCCAUCACCAGUUAAACUACAGAGGACAGGUACAAGCCAACAAUAUCCUGCAGGUUUGUUUGUGUGAGAUCAGUACUAGAACAGUGUAGUGGGAUGUACACACCAAUACAGGUACAGUUGAGUGUAGACUAAAGGUUACACAAAGUGCAGUCCGAGUGCACUCCGUUUGGACUCCAGGUAAA